AUGACAAAAGCAAAUAAGUGGUGUUCUCAUCCUAUUCGGCAUGCUGGAGCACGUAAAGUUGGACGGUCUCCAUCGCAUCCUAAAGGAAUAUAUCGUGCGUCGUUGCAACUUAUGAAAUUUCUCAAUCAACAAUAUGGUGCAACUGGUAUUAAUUCUUCGCAGUUGAAUAUGGGAAAAUUUUACAUAUGUACUCGUUGCUACGAGUAUGAGAUGGAUCGAAUGAAAAGUACUCGGAACUUUUCAAGCAAUCUAGAACUAGUUAAUAAUGGUAAUGAAUCAGCUGAAGAUAUGGAACUACGUUUAUCAAUUGACUCUUUGCAUAUGCAAGACAUUUCCGAAGUUACUACUCCGCAAGGUACUGAGGGUGGAAAGUCUGAGCUUCUUAGUGAAGAUGGAUUAGCUCUAUCUCAUAGUCAGAAUGUUGUUAAAGAAGUCCUCAAUGAUGUCUUUCGCAUUUUGAAAAUCCCAACGAUUACUGAUAUACGUAAUACAGAAAAGUUGUUCAAUCAAGUUAAUCGUGCAUGUGAAAUGUUGCAUACAAUGUGUGAGAAUCUUCUACAUAAUAAUAAGAAGAAAAAAAACACAGAACCGCCCGAAAACGAUAAUUUAUUGUUACUAACUCUUUCGGAAAAAAAUGAAUUAAUAGGUGGUAUUAAGAAAUUAUAUAAUGCAAGUGAUAAACUCGAGCAAGUACGUCUACUUACCAUAGCACCGGCUCAUUGGGGACGACAAAGACUGCAGAACUUUUUUGAUAGUUCUGAACGACAAGCACGAAAAUCUCUUGAAAUUCGUACAAGUGAAGGCAUUCUCAGUAAUCCAGAAAAUCUUCGAGGUAACCAACCAUUGGAUAAAUCCGUUAUCGAGGCUGUUAUUAAAUUCUACGAGCAAGAUUGGAUUAGCAGAGUGUCACCCAACAAGAGUGAUGUCUUAACGAUAAAAAAGCAGCCUGUUGCUAAGCGUUUUAUGUUAUUAACCAUCAGUGAAGCCUAUGAAGGGUUUAAGAAUGAUUUUUCUCAAUGUAAAAUUGGACGAUCAAAAUUUUUUGAACUUAAACCUCGCCAUGUCAAACCAAUACAACUUCAUGACACGUGCUGCUGUAUGUAUCAUGAAAAUUUUGAACUCUUGCUUAAGGCAUGGAAUCGAAUAAGCAAUGAAGAAAUCAACAAACAAAGAUUAAUCAAUGAGAUUUUAUGUCCUAUUGCCACUGAUCAAUGUCAUUAUCGUGAGUGUCGAAGCUGCAGCAAUCAAUAUCCAUCAGACUUUCUCAGGAAUUGCUUUACUGACGAUGAAGAUGAGACUAUGGAGUGGACAAACUGGAAACGAACUAACAAGCGUGUUGCAUUACAACAAAUAACUGGUAAUGUGAGCCUACUUCUAGAUUAUAUUGAUGAGCAAUGGGUAGGUUUUGUUCCCCAUCAUUACUACAUGAAGACUCAACAAGCAUAUAUAGCUAGUAUUAAAAAAAUAUCGAGUCCUAAUGAUGUUGUAGUUGUACAAAUGGAUUUUGCACAAAACUUUGCUUUAUUAUCGCAACGCGAAGUGCAAUCCGCACAUUUUGAUAAACCUCAAGCAACUGUUUUCACGGUAUUAGUUGUAGUUGGCUCCGAACACAGAAAUUUUGUUAUAAUUAGUGAUUAUGUUGAGCACCAGCUUGCACCAAAUGUUCGCGUAAUCAACUAUGUUACUGAUGGUGGACCAUCACAUUUUAAGAAUCGAUACAACAUCCUUAACCUCACAUUUCAUGAAAUGGAUUUUGGUGUACGAGCAAUGUGGAGUUUUACAGCAACUUCGCACGGUAAAGGACCUGUGGAUGGAUUAGGAGCAGCAAUCAAAUCGACCGCUACUAGAUAUCUUAUGCGCCAUGGACCCGAAGAAGCAUUCAAAAAUCCCAAUGAGUUUUACAAUUUUUCGGUAAAGCAACAACAGUCAUCAAAGUCUCGUAUCGAGGUUUUAUAUGCAGAAUCGAAAGAGAUCGAGCAGCUUCACCAAGAGAAAAACAUGAAAAGAUGGGAAAAUAUCAACGGUAAAUAGACUCAUGAUAUUUAUAUUUCUCUUAUAAUUUCUUUGCAGCUAUCAACGGGAUUCGCUCAUUCCAUCAUUUUAUACCUAUUGGUUUUCGUACAAUUCAAUGUAGUCGUACUUCAAGCUCUCAAACAAAUCAAACAUACUACCUGUGAUCUGCAUUUGUCCAUAGUUUCUAUCUAUCUGUUAUAGUCUUUAAAAGAAGAAAUUUCUAUUCAUUUAGACAAUAAAUUACUACAAAACUAAUCCAUUCAAGUCAAAUCAAGUCUUGAAUCGAUUUCUUUUGUAGUAUGAUCGGUAGAUUUAAGUUUUUCUUUCUCAAAUCUCGUUGUUUUAAUACCACAAGAUAAUAAGAUUUGGAUUAAGAUAGAUAUGCUUAUCCUGCAUCCACAUCAAUAUAAUCGACAGAAGACUAAUAUUGUACUGAUAAUGUCAAAUAUUCUUUUGUUUAUCAUUGUUAGAAAAAUUUGCAAUUACAUUCUCAAAAUCAAAGUGAAUAGAAGCUUUCAAAACGAGUUAUGGGUUCUCUAAGAUUUCUAUGUUAUCGCAGUACAAUGUUGUGGUGAUUCUUGUGAAAAGAAAAACUUUUGAAUAGUUAUUGAAGAGUUGAAAGGACAUUUUUUACCUUUUAGUAUCAUCAUAUGAUAGAAAAUAUAACAUAGUACCUUGUGAAAUUUCAUAUGCUUUUUAUUCUACUCAUUGAGAUCUAUCUAUAUUCAAAUUUUCAAACUGAUUCAUCGAUGCUUUCUAUGAAAAAGCCCUUGAAUAUGAGCUAAAAUUUGGCAAAAAAACGAGUAUUGAAACAUUUUUGCCUCUGAAACCACGGCAAAUCAAAAACGACUGAGAUGUCUUAUAUACCAGAAGAUAGAGCAAGCGACGCUCUACAAAACCUGAAGUACCACCACUCACCCAAAUUCGGAAGAGAUUUUUUAUUAGGAGCAAAAGUUUACGUUACUGUCAAAUAAUUCGGAUCCGUGGAAAGUUUCACUUAGGAUCCUGAACUAUUUGGUUCAUAUAUGGUUAGAUAGAGUUUAUCGCGAGCUAUCCAAAUAUAUAUAGAAUAUUUAGUUUUGAUUGAGUAAUGAAGAAGAAAAUGUUUUCACAAAGUACAAGCCUCUCUAUUUCGACGAUGAUUUUUUCAAAAGUCCUAAAAAUGUAUUUUGCCCAUUUUGACCUGAUAACAUAUUCAAACCCUUAAUAUUUUACUACCAAAAUGAUCAGCUCAUCGAGCUCUACAAACCCUGAAAGUUUCAGUAAUUUUGGAGAAAGUCAUGUAUAAAGUGGUACGUUUCCCAUGGAUUUACCCAUUGCUAUUGAUAGCGUAGCAAAGGUAUAGAGCUGAAGAGAUAUACA